AUGAUAGCUUCGAAGAUGGUUUCCCACCUCGCAAUACUUACGAUACCAGGAUUCCAGCUGAUCCGCUAGACGAGAAGUUGGCUGGUACCUCCAGCACCCCCAUGGGAAAAACUUUGUCUACGAAAAGGCUGUUGAUGGUGGUUCCAGACAUAUAUUAA